UUCAAAAGGUUCUUAUAAUUAAUAGAACUUUUAUAUCUAAUCCUGAGUAUCAUUCUAUUGGAUGUGUAUUUAUUAUUAUUACUGGUAAGUAAAUAAAUUUAGAAUUGUGCGCUUAGCGAAAUUUACACAAAAAAGAACCGAUACUUUCUGCGUCUUUUUAAAUCUGUAAUGCUUACCAAAUCUUCAAAUUUUUGAAAAAGAUAUAGUAGAAGCAAUUAAGAAUGACAUGCACCUUUGCUUUCGGUUGUCACUUUUUAAAGUUUAUCUGGAAUUUCAUCUCCAUCCCUGACUGUAUAGCGAGGCACACAGUUAGAAUUAAUAGAACAUCAGUUAGGCCAAUGUUUUCCAUCUGUGUAAAAUGAAUGCGACAAGCCCCGCCUCUCGCGUAUUUGGGGGUUCAUAUCAUUCUAAGCUACCUAUACAUCGUGAACAUAAAACCGUAUUCAAGAUUCGGUUUUUAAUGUACUCACUUAGUAAUUAAAAAUAUCAACAGAAUUGUUUCAGGAAACAAUGUAAUAAAUUUGACCAUUUGAUUUCACAAUUCUCAAUUUUCGUAAUAAAAUAAUAAUUCGAGAUUACAUUAGCGAUAGGAUAGGAUAGUAUAAGAUUGUUACACUGUAGCAAUUAAUUUCAUACAAUAUCCAAACUGCUAAAAUGUUCAAAUGCAAAGCAGCCCUUGAAGUAGUGUUAACAGUAUAUCUAGUAUGUUUAGCAAUCGUAUUUAGUACCGAUGGUGAUUUGGAAGACACAACAACACCAGAAUGUGUGUCGGUAACCAAAGAAUUGUCAAUAUUUGACACAGUGUUUGGUGGAAAAGAUGCAAAAGCAACUGAUUUUCCAUUUGUGGUUUUCAUUUAUCGACGUAUACUUUACACAAAUCGAUUUCCAAUUUGUGGAGGUACUAUUAUCAGUGAUACAUGGGUGUUAACGACUGCUAAUUGCCUCAUAGGACGAACUGUCGCUGGUCAGGUAAUAGCAGGAUCUGUAAAAAGGAAUAGUUAUAAAAUGAAAAAUGUAAGAAGAGUCAUUAUGACCGUUAUUCAUCCAAACUUUGAUCCACUAACAGAUUACAGUAAUAUUGGGUUAGUAAAAGUUCGUGCCAACUUUUGUUGGAGUUUACACAUACAGCCGGUGAAAUUAGCUAAAGAAGGUACAGCCCUUUCAUCAAAAGUGUUAGGAAAUGUUGUCGUGUGGGGACAGAGUAGAGGUGGAGACAUAUCGACUGUUCUUGGACUCGAAGAGGUUUCGAUAUUAACUGGAAAGGAAUGUUCAAACGGUUCAGAAAUUAUUUGUUCCUUCAACGAAAAGAAUGGCCCUUGCGGUGAGGAUUCGGGAUAUCCACUUCUAAUAGGAAAGGCGUUACAGAUUGGAAUUGUGUCACACGAUCUACAGAAAUGCGGCGAAAAAAAUACAAUUACAAAGUACACCAAUGUGGCUCAUUUCAGGAAAUGGAUUAAUGAAAUUGCCGAUGUAUAAUUAAUCAUGAAAAAAUAUUUAUGUAUUAAUUACAUCAACGAUAUUAUUAAGUUGAUUUAUAUACAUCUGUAUAAAAUGAAGAUAAUUAUUAUA